AACUUCAACUGCUACAAGUGCCCAGAUCCAUCAAUGGUAGCCAUGCUGACUUUGAGUUGUAAAUUUACUACCUGAAAUAAUGUCAAUACGGCAACGGAAAAAAGACAGCAAACCUGAAAAGAUUAAAAGUGUGAAGAAGAAAGGAAAAGAUUCAGACCAAAUAUGGAAAAUAGUUGUUGCGAUGGUAGCUGUUAUUGCCAUAGCAACAGCUGCUGUCUACUACAUGCAGGAGAACGAUUUGGAAGCAACAGCAGCUAGAAAAAAGAAACCAGCAAUGGCAAAGUCAUCGAAAACAAAAGCACCAGAAACUAGUGACCAGACUGCCAAAAGGUCUAGCUCAAAAAUGAAAUCAAAGAUCAAAGUUCCAAAAAACGAUCCAAAUGAGCCAAUUACAAAUGCAUAUGAUAAAGCAAUACUGCCUCAAAUAGAAGAAGCAGAAAAAUUUCUUAAAGCUAAAAGUUUUGUAAAUGCUAGAAAAGCUUUUGAGAAUGUUCUUAGCAGCCAUCCUGAUAGUCCUCGAGCAAUGCAUGGAUUGGCAAAGUCUUUGGAUGAGCUAGCUGAUUUGAUGAGAAGUAAUCAGGUUUUACAAGAAGCUAUAAAUGCAUAUGGAAAUGUGGGUAUGGUCAAAGAUUGUCCCAUAGCCUUGAAACGGCAAGCUAUAUUUAGACAAGCAGAUCGGGCUUCUUUUCUUGGCAAGAGCUAUAUUGCUGUGAAAGCAUUACAAAAUUUAGGAGUGGAUUUACCACAAGAUAUAGAAGUUUGGAAUAAACUUGGAGUUCAAUGGCUUUUGAUUGGAAAUCAAGCUCAAGCAAAAAACUUUUCAACAGGUAUAUAUCUCACUGCCCUUGCAAUAAAUCCAAACGAUGGCUAUGCACAAGUCCAUAUGGGAUUUAUUUUAAAAACGGAGUCAAAUUAUGAAGAAGCCAUACCUCAUUUGAAGAGAGGAAUUGAUUCUGGAGAAUCAGGUACAAAUGAUGGAAGAUUCUACUUUCAUCUUGGCGAUGCAUUGUAUAGAAUGGGCAGAUCCAAAGAGUCAUAUGAGGUUUACGAGAGUGGUGCAAGACAUGGCCAUUUUCUCUCUCGUAUGCAACGAUCUCUUUACAAUGCUCAAACACCAUUAAGAGCGCAACCAUUUUGGAAUCCAAAAGAGACUCCAUAUCACAAGUACUUCAAAAUGUUGGAGAAAAAUUGGAAAACCAUCCGCGAUGAAGGUGUUGCAUUGUACGAUCACAGGACGGGUGGCUUUCUUCCCGAAGAGGAGGGUCUUCGUGAGAAAGGCGACUGGCAACAGUUCACUAUAUUUUCACAAGGACGGAAGGAUCGAUCAGCUUGUGCAAAGGCUCCGAAAACAUGUAGUCUGGUUGAGAAAAUCCCCGACGCAGCUGGAUGUAAGAGGGGACAGAUUAAAUUUUCUGUCAUGAAACCUGGUACGCACGUCUGGGCCCAUUGUGGUCCUACCAACUGUCGUAUACGUGGACAUCUUGGUCUCGUCGUACCAAAUGGUGUAUCUAUACGUGUAAAUCAAACAAUUAGUACUUGGAUAGAAGGCAAGUUUAUAAUUAUUGAUGAUUCUAUUGAACAUGAAGUAUGGCAUAAUGGAACCAGCUACAGAAUGAUAUUGAUUGUGGACUUCUGGCAUCCAGAUCUUCCUCAAAAUGAGAGGAAUGCACUUUCACCAAUUUAGGGCAGAAAAUUGUCAACAAAGACGUGAAAAAUAAUAAAUGAAGGUGUAGAUCAUUCUUAAAUUUGUGUCUUUGUUAAUAUCAGAGUAUAAAUAGCACCUCAGUGACCUUUCCAAGAUUGUGGUGCCCUUGUGAUCUAUGUAAAGGAUAGAAUUUGUGGCAUAUAAAUAAAUCUUUUAUCAAUCAAA